AUGCCCCCGAUCCGAACCAAGAGGGAGCGCACCUCGUCCGUCCAGCCCGUCAAUAUUGAUCCCCAAUGGUCAGACGGUGACUUCUCCCUGAUCAGUAAGGACGGUACAACCUUUAAAGUGCCUUCGUAUCACCUACAAUCGGCUUCGAGCAUGCUGCUCGCCGGAGACCGACCUAGAGAGGUCACUCUUGAGGCACGAGCGGUCACGAUCAGACACUUCCUCCAGAUGGUCGGGAGUGGGAAGCCCACCUUCACGAAGAUUGAUGACUUCGAAUAUAUGGAUCAAGUGGUGGAGCUCGCAGCUUUCCUGGACAAGUACCAGUGCCACGCAGCCUUGUACAUGUUCUUCCAUUACAUCAAAACAAUUGAGCCUGUAGCUCCCCUGCUGCUAUUCAUGGUCGGCGUGCGUCUGCAACGUCCGCAGGUGUGCUCAGAGGCUCUCGAUCAAAGCCCUCAGUCGUGGCACAGCUACAGUUGCAAAGUCUACACUGGAAGCGUCUCCUGGAAAACGCCCAAGUUCGUCCAAGACUUCGACAAACUCCGGCGAACGCCACGAGCGCCCGUGGACCUCGACUCGCAGAUGCUUCUUCCGCAGGCUAUACCCUGUAAUUUGUUCCUUAGCUUCCCUCCAGAGUAUGCGUGGGCCUUGGCCGCGGGUGUCUCCUAUUACCACAAGGUCGCUCAUCAAUGCUCCGGGGCUGAGUUCCUGAAGCUAGUGAAGGUUGCGCGGGAGGCGAGAGCUCUGGCAGGGAAUACGGCUUAG